AUGUUAUUUCCCAGCGUCUUUUUCGCUGUAACUGUACUUUCCAUUUUGGUCGCUGGAAUUCCUGUACCAUCAGCCGGUACUGGAGCUCUUUCCACACGGGGAUUGAGAACAUUGUUCGGUAGUCGUAGGGGAAAAACAGGAAUUUUCAGGACAAGAAAGUAUGGGGAAAAGGUUAAUUGGAUCAAGGGCACACCGAUAGCCAAUGGAGCACCUGGGAACCCUCAUGUAGAACCUCUCCGCAAAUCCAACCUGCCAAAGAACCCAAAGAAGAAUGACAUUUGGAUCCAGGGCAAGCCAAUCCCCAAAGGGCAGCCUGGAAAUCCUCAUUGGAGUCCUCUUCGCCCGCAAAACCCACCAAAGGUCCCAUACAAAAAGAAUAUCGAGAAGCAGGGCAAACCAGUUCCAAGACCUGAGGAAUAG